ACUUUUUAAUUGACUAAGUAGGACUGAAGGACAUUUUCCUUCCUAUAAAAAACAAGUACACAUUAUGCUGUCUACAAACCAAACACACAUUGUCAAGUUAUUUUUUAGACACUAUGCACACAAAAUUCUGAAAUGUCAAGGCCUAAGAAGCGAAGAAAAAUGUUAUUCAAAGCAAUGACAGAUCGACGCACAGAAGCAGUGCUUCUCCGAUGCUCCAGCUUACAAAAACCACUCACUAAUGAACAGCACAUAUAAAGCCAAGAUGUAGACGACAAUAUAUAUAAAAAAGGUGCAAUGGAUGAAUGUCCACCUCUUGUUUAUAUACUCAUUCUCAUGAAUGUAAUUGGAAUAAUAUUAUAUGGAGUGUGCAGCACUUAUCGGAGUAUGAGAGGUCUCAAGCCUACAUGCCAAUCUAGGGCAACUUCAGCCCCAGAAUCAUUGACAAGUGACAGAUCAUUGUCAUCAGAAAACAAUAGCUCGUUAAGUAGCAUUUCUCAGUCUACAUCAAAUGUGAAAAGUACAUCAAAAAAAUCCACAUCUAAGCCAAGACGUUCGUUUUCUAAAUCAUCAAAAAGUACUGUUCCUCCCACACCAAAGAAAAGACAUUUGAAUAAAUUAAAUCAAAAUUUUAUUCCUUCAACACCAAAUUUAAAUAAUAACCAUAAAUCAUCACAAAAUAAUCUUACACCUACUCAAAAUUUUAAUUAUAUUCAAAAAUAUUCAGAAAAUGAUAAUAUUCCUACACCAAAUUUAAAUAAUAACCAUAAAUCAUCACAAAAUAGUCUUCCCCCCACACAAAAUUUUAAUUAUAUUCAUAAAUCUUCAGAAAAUGUUAUUACUCCUACACCAAAUUUAAAUGAUAUUGAUAAUUCAUCACAACAUAGUCUUCCUCCUACACAAAAUUUAAAUUAUAUUCACAAUUCUUCAGAAAAUGUUAUUACUCCUACAACAAAUUUAAAUUAUAUUCACAAAUCAUCACAAAAUGUUCUUACUCCUACACCAUUUCAAAUGGGUUCUACUGAAUCAAUUGAAAGUUCUCCUCCUACAACAAAGAAGACUGCUAUUCCUCCUUCAACAACAUUAUAUCCUAACGCUGAUCCAUAUUAUAUAUGGGAACAUAGAGAGAAAACAGGCAAAAGAGAAGAAAUUCAAACCUAUUUGUCAACUGAUAGUUUUUAUGACUUCCCUUCUGCAUUAACAUUUCUUCACCAGUUUGAGCCUUUUCUUGCAAAGCCGACAUGUCCACCAAGCAGAGUAACUGACCCACUGAGCUGUUAUGGAAGAGACUAUAGUCAACAACCUUUAAAGCGUAAAUCAAGAGAUUACAGUCAACGACAUGAACAUGUUAAAACUGCCAUUCCGAAAAAGUCAAAAACCUUUAGUAAACCUUCCACUGCAAAUUUUUUUCCUCCUAGGAAUCAUUACCAAACAGAAACCAUACAAAAAAAGACCAACUCUUAUGCUGAAAGAUCCCAAAUUAAUUCUCGAUCGUCUGUAACAUUUACCCCAACAAAAGUCAAACAAACAUCACCAAAAGAAACAGGAACACAGUCAGAAGAAAGCGAGAGUGUAGUAAAAGAGAUUCAGUUAUUUACUAUAGUUCAUGAAGGAAAAAGUAAAAAAAAGUAUUCAGAUUAUGUGAAACCAACAAAACCUGAAAAUAUUACACCUCUUACAACACAACCAUCUGAUAAUAGAAGUCCAACAAAAAAUCGCUUUUCAGAGUUUCUAUUUCCAUCAAAAGAGGAACAAUUUUUCAAGAAUACAUCCCACAGCCCCCUUCCAGAAAUUCCUCCAAAUAGCCGAUUCUCAAGCUUAGGUGACACACUCCCCCCUGCACAUACUAGUAUUAAAUCUUCUUCCUCUUCCCCUCUGAAAUUGAAACAAAACGAACAAGGAAAUCCUACAGAAAAUUCAUCAGACCUACCUAACGUACCAUUGAAUUUACAACAGACUUCUGAAAGAUCUAGUAGCCUGUCAGAAAUUAGACCCCCAAAGAAAUCUAGUUUAUCCCAUGAAGGAUACAGGGAAAGAAAAUCAUCUCUGGGAUCGAAUGUGCGAUUUUCCAUUGACAACUCAAGAAUUGAUUCAUUUUCAAUAAAUCAAAAAAGCAGUGUAAAAAAUUUAGAAGAGACAAUAAAAGAUUACAGUACCGAUAGCAUAUUACAGAAUGAAAGUAAUCCGAAUAAAGACAGUGAAACUAGGGACAGCAGACAAAGUGAUGAACAAAUAAAAUCAUUUAAAAGUAAAACCCUUUUAAGACCUCCAGAAACUCUUCCACCAAAACGUGAUAGAGCUGAUUAUUUUCGUUCAUAUAAUGAAGCCGUUACAAAAAAGCCUCAAAUUCGAUUGUCUGAUGUUGCCACACCAGAAGUUUCAUGCUUCGGAAUGAUUUCUACAGACAAAAUAAUACAUGAAACUAAAUUUAAAGCACCAUUUAAAAAGAAGAAGGUAACUUCUACUGAACAAGAAGUACGAGUAUGUGAAGUAAUUAAACCUAUUCCUGACUUGAUGUAUAAUCCACAACAAGAAGAUGAAAAGAAAAAGAAGGAUGGUGAAGAUCACAGUACAGACAGUAGGCACUAAUCAAUAACAUUAAGUAUAAAAUUAUAAUAAUAACAAAUGUUUUAAUUUG